AUGGCCCGCCUCUCAUCAUCUUUGGUUGGACUCAUCUUCCUUUUGAUUGGCUAUGCCGCUGCAGGUAAGUGAGGCAGCUGGGUGUGGGUGUGAAGAGGUCAAAGGUCAGAAAGCGAAGAUCACAGGACAGAACUGAUCCAUAUAUUGAUGUAGAAACCAAAUUUCUAAUGCAGAUCUUUUCUUCUCGUCAAGUCUUUGUUGCGUGUUUUUUACGCCCCUCACUCUUGUGUGUAAUUGUGUGUGUAGGUGAACACACACAAAAGCUGACAUCAUGAGUCUGUGUGUUGUACAGGGACUGCAGCACAUCUGUUUCUAAUUAUGCGCAGCUCAGGCUCCACUCCAUCUAAUACUGUGUCAGCAGAGUUUCAAACUACCACUCUAUUCUUCAUCCUGAAUGUUCAUCCACCUCCUUCUUACUAAAUGUUUGUCUAAAAUCUGACACAGAAUUUACCAAACUAUGGACAAAACCUCUGGAAACCAAAGUGAGUGACGGCCCCAAGUGUGAAAUACACUGAUUUCAUUCUGUAGGAAUGACCAGCUGCUGCAGGACGCUUAAUGAACGCAGGCAGGCUCUCACAGUCACUCACAAAUAGAGAAGGCGUUUCGGCUCAUAGCAACUUUUCUCCUCCAAAUUUUAGGCAUCUUAAAUAUAAACAAGUUAAUGUGGGUGGAAUGGUUUCUUCUUGCAGGUUUGUUUUUAUUGUUUCAGAGAAAUUUAACCCUUUUUGUUUCAAACACAAAAGAGUACAAAUACAUGGGAGAGAAAUUUUGAAAAAGUUAACUUCUUAAAGUACGUCUCAGUGAGCAUUAUAAACUUUAAAAACAGGCAAAAAGUUGUUUCAAAUUGUUGAACUGCUGCUUGAAAAAAUCUCAAAGUACUGUUUUCAGCAGGUCCAGGCUUUUCAAUUAUUUAUGACUGAUCAUUUGUGAAGUUGGUCAUAGAUCUGUUAACAUGAGUUUUCAGUCUUGGCUCAUGCAAGAAGAUUUAUUUCUGUAAACUAGUCAAACUAAUUCCAUUUGAGUACUAAACUUUGGAGAUUUAUUUUAAACACAACAUGAUAGCUUCUCUGUGGAUCCAGUGGUGCGCUGUAAAAAUAAUUAAGAUGUGACGUCUCAUAAUUCAUAGUCAGUUUAAGUGUCGACAAAAAUAAGAGCAGGUUCUCUUCUUGUUCACUUAUUGAUGCGUAUAUCAUGCAGCUUGAAUCAACAUCUCAUUUUAUUUAUUCUAAAUUUCUACAAAUGAUAAAGACCUCAAGUGAUGAUGUUGAUCUUUAUGACAGUUACUGAAAAAAAAAAGUUUUUUUGUGUAAGAAAGAAAAACUUCUGCAUCCCUGCCUCACCGUGCCCUUCUUCAUUUUUCCAUCUGUCUAUGAACUAGAUGGUCUGGCCUCUUGGUUACUGAUGUUGCCUCACUGCCAAGUUGUCUGGUUCACAUGCCAGAUGACUGACAAAGAAACUCAGUGUUAACAUUUACAAGUUUAAUAGAUGAAAAUGAAUCCCUAAAUCUGUUCAAUCUGCAACUAGUACCUCUAAACCUGUUUUUUUUUUUUUAACAGUAAACGUUUUCUAAACCCAACAUCUCGGAUCCAACCAUCCUGAAUUUAAGCCUAUUUAGACCCAACAUUUUCAGUUCAAACAACUGUUUUUUGAUAGUUCAUUAAGUUAGUCUGAGACAGAUUCAGAAAAAAAUGGAGGCUUACCUAAGGCACACUUGACUCUAACAGAGAAAAUUUUAAAUGUUUUCUAUUUAAAAAAAAUAUAUACUUUAUUAUUUUUUAAUAAGCCAAAUUUGCAUGGUCUUGAAUGCUUAAUUGUCUUGUUAAUUUAUAUUUUGUACAUCUAACAACUCCAAACCUAUAUUUUAGAGCUUACUUUUUUUAAAUGUAUAGUCAUAGACUGGUUACAAAGAAACUUCCCAGAAGUUCUGCCUCAGCAUCCUCAUGUGUCUGUAGUUAACUGCAAACAGCACUUCCUCCUCCGCAUGAAGCUUUCAUGAUCAAGAGCAGUCUGUGCUGCAUUUUCAAUCCACAGAUAAACACGUGCCGACACUCUGAUGGAAACACAGCUGUGUUUCUGUUGCAGCAACUCUGACUUUUUUUAAAAUGCGUCAUCGAAACCUUAACUGACCUAAACCCUGUCCAAACAGAGUUCAGGGACAUUAUAAACAACCAAUAAGAGCUCUCUCUCUCUGACACUAAAGAGGAAGAAAACUCCUUCUGAGCAGCCUGCUAGUUCUUUAGCUCUAAAUGCUAACCAAGCUAGCCAGAACAUUUUCUUACACUAUAUGUAAAAUAUUUUUUCAAGAAAGGUUUUCCUCCAGCAUUGGCAGUCAUUUUCCCUCCUUACAAUUUAAUUCUCACUUUUGAUUUGCGAUAUCUUUAAUUAUUAUUUUUUAUCUGAAAUCAUGUCUGAAUCUAAGUAGUCUAAGUUGCCUUGAAAAACUGGCACUCAAGUAAAAUGGGUUAGCUGGUCUAAGGCAACAAGAAAUGGGAUUUAAAAAUCCAGAUUUGGAUGAUGAAACUUGGUGGUUCUUGGAAAAGGAGUCAAGCUGGCGUCAACAGAGCCCGACAAAUCCCAGCCAAUCACAUCAGCCUUCAAUUUGACACAGUGGAGCAGAUUUUAUAGCUCACAGGAAAUCAGAAAGGAGCAGAAGAGUUGUACAGUAUAUCCUCUUGGUGGACAAUAACCUGUGGCGUUCACUCACUUGCUCACUCAGGCAUUGAUCAGAGUAAAGGUGGCUGACAACAAAAAGUCUUUCUAAAGUCAGUCCAUUUCCCAGAGUAGGUAAGAUACUGUAUAUAAUCCCUCAGGCCAGUUCUAGAUAUACCUCUGGAUCUCCUCCCAACUAAAUGCAUCCAGAAAAUUCCUUUUCAGGGGAAACCAUUCUUGUAAGUUAUGUCCAUCUUUUGGUCAAAACUCAAUACUCAUUGCCACAAAAGAGGUUUGGAGCUUAGAUUGACCUGUAAAUCGAGAGCUUUGCCUUCAGGCCCAGCUCCCUGGUCACCACAACCAUCUGUACUGUAAUGCUGAUGCUGCACAAACAUGUCAGUCAAUCUCACAAUCCAAUCUACUUGCCACGAGACCUCUCAGAUACUUAAACUCCUUCUUGUGAGGAAAAGACUCGCCCCCCCACCUCGAGUAGACAAUCCACUAUUGACUGUCAAAGAACCAUGGUCUUGAACGUUGACCUGCUGACCCUCAUCCCUUCAUCCAGACUCUUGGCUGCAAAUAGCCUAAAUGCAUUUUUGAGGUCCCAAUUUGUUAAAGCCAACAUUUCUGCAUCACAAGCAAAAAGCAUUUUUGCUGAUAACGCAGCCCCUCAAUCACUUUAAGACUUGUAGACCCUGUCCAUGACAGUCACAGCAGAACCGGCAAGGUACAAUCCUGGUGGUGAUCAAAUACACCAAGAACAUGUCGAGCUUAGUGAGGACGAUAAAGGUACACCUCCUCAUGGUUAUGAAAUCUUAGAAAUAGAUUAGUGCAAAAAAGGCAAUGACCAAAUAAUUAUUAAAAAAAAGGCCUAAUACAGGAAAUACAAAUGUACAAACUAGCACCCACCUCUUCUUCCAGUAUGUUUAACUACAGUUGAAAAAAGUUGUUGCUGUUCAAGUCCUCUUUUUUUUCUGUGCAGCUCCAAUUUUAAGUUAUUCAAGGGUUCAUGUUUUCUGUGAUUGACACUUGAUACAGCCUAUGGGCGUACAAAGAUUGCGUAGUAUGUCCAGGGGAGAUGCUGUUUGGGCAGAACGUCAUCCCAGCGACUCGCCUGCCGAAUGCGUACAACGCUACUACGCAAGUGGUGGUUUCGGGAAGAAGAGAAAAUCCCAGAAAAACCGAGAGUAAUUGGCUUCAAAUUCAUACGCUGGAAGACGGAAGUUGUCUAUAGUAUAUACAGUCUAUGGUUUUGGCCUUUACCUUCUUUACCGCAUGUCACUCCCCACUCUCCCCCCAUUUUCUGCUCUGUACAUUAUUUGGUCCUCUAAAUAAAGGCACUAAAGGCAGAUAUGAUAAAAAGAUUUUAUGCGGCCACUCACUUGAUACAAAAAUGCAAAUAUCUUUAGUUUAGUUGUUAUCCAAAGAAAUUCUAUUUCUACCAAGUCUGUUCUGCCAAAGCAGGAAGUCGUUCUAUACACACAUCUUUUAACAGUUUACUUUUUAUUUAAUAUGCAUGUAGAGUGUAUCAGUGUUUCCAUGGCUGUGUGUCAGACUAAACUGUGUGUGUGUGUGUGUGUUUGUGUGUGUGUGUGUGUGUGUGUGUGUGUGUGUGUGUGUGUGUGUGUGUGUGUGUGUGUGUGUGUGUGUGUGUGUGUGUGUGUGUGUGUGUGUGUGUGUGUGUGUGUAUGUGACUCUGACCUUCUGUGACUCCUCAGUCCUUCACUAAAUUCUUUCUCACUCUCUUUCAAGAGUGCUGAUACACACAUUGAGAAAAAACUACACACACUCAAACACACACACACUCAUUCACUUCUGUCCUUGGGUGGAGUCACUUAGUUAGAUCAUCGUAUUUGAGUGUGUGCGUGUAUGCAUGUGUGUAUCUACUGGAGUUUUGGGGUUUCUUUCUGUGUGGUUUCUCAACGUUCUGGAACAUUUCUGACAGAGAACAAAAGUCUGAACGGAAACACGAUCCAACACAAACAAGGACAAAUGUUCCUGCCAGUUUAACUGCGAAAAUGAAAACGAGAUUAGAUCAGAUUAAAUAUCGGAAAUCACAUUAAUAUUGGAAACUUUGUUUGUUUUGAUAUUUUCCAUCUUUCCGAGCAGUUAAUGAGCUGGAGAGUUUCCUUUGUCUCAAACUUUUCGAUCAAAGACUUCCGAGAGAUUUGGUUGAGCACAGAUGGUUAAUAAGCUUUUUUUUUCUGUUAAGAAAACUCUUCUCUUGGUGGUUCACAUUACUUUUUUGAUGUGGCCUGUGUCAGACUCCAGUGUGAAAUGAUCUCGGUCCUGAAAUAAGCUUUUUGCACAAAUGACCAACAACUGAAAAGGGUGUGUGGCUUUAAACCAAAGUUCAAGUUCAGGAGACGUUGGAGGAGCCACCUCUAAAGUGUCUUCCAUGGUUGUUUUUACCACAAGUGAGCAACUCCUGCUUCCAGCACAGAGCUGUGACAAGUGUCUCUAAAGAUUGUGGCAAAGUGGCACGCUUUCAGAACUAGCUGUUGAGACCACAAUCCCAUCAAAAAAGGUCUGAUCUGUAUCUGAUUUAGGAUCACACACCACAAGGCCCAAAUCUUUGUGACUUGAGGGUCAUACCUGUCAUGAAAAAUCUGAUGAGUCCCAUGUUAGCAGAAUACUCAGAUGUGAGUCACUUUUGCCUGCAGAGUGAAUAUAAACUCUGUGAAGCUGCAUAGUUACGAGAAAUCUGUGUUUUUUGUGACACUUAAAUUUCCUACCUGGUUUAGAAAUGUAAGAGGUGGCACUUCUUUGUUCUUCUGGCAGAGAAAUGUGCUUGUCGAUAUUCUUGUAGCAGACUUUUUGCAGUGUAGAAACACAAACGAGCAAGAAGAAAACUUCUCAGCUGAGCUGCAUCAGCACCUUAAUGCGUGUCGCUAACUGCGAACGGCUCAAACACCUCUUCCUUUUCAUACAACAUUCAUGAUCAAGAGCAGGCUGUGCUGCAUUCACAAUCGUAAACACACACUGACACUCUGAUGGGAGCAUAGCUGUGUUUCUGAACCAAAACCGAACUUCUUCAUCUUAAACAGACUUUUGAUCAUUCAUGUGCAGACUGUGUUUCUGCUCUGUGGUAAAUCCUUAAUCAACUCACUCUUCUCCAGUCAUCGCUCUUUCGCUCAGCGUUUCUUGUUCUGAACUUGCCGUCCCUUGCUGACUGUAAUUGAGCCUUUAAGAUGUUUCCAUGAGAUAUCUGUGAAAUCAGCUGGGCCUGAUGCAGAGGCACGGCCGGACAUGGGAAGACAGUGUACAGAAUAAGAGAUGGCAAUCAUUUCUGACCGACUGUGCUGAAAAAGCGUCAGAGCUGAAGAAAGAAAAGGUUGUAUGAACUCAGGCUUUAUUCUGAUCAUUUCCAUUUUGAAUGUGAUGUUGUUGUUGUGGUGUUAAUAAAGGUGUAAAAAAUGUAACUCACACCCGUUUACUGGUUUUGGCUGUUGCUCUUGGUUGAGUUGUUGUUAUUACUGUAUUUAUGUUAACAAGAACCAGAUAAAUGAUCUCCAAACAUGUUAAGUGGAGGCUUUCAAUAAGCUUCAAACUCUUUGCCACUUUCUGCACAGUACAUGAGUGGUGGCUCAGUAGUAGAGUCAGUUGUCUCUCAAUCUGAAGGUUUUAGGAUUUGAUCCCAUGUCCUGCUGUCCAGGACAUGGGAUUCAGGCAAAGAGACUAAACACAACUCACCAACUCUCCUCCAGCAGCCGCUUGUUUGUGGGGGUGCCCUGAUGAGUCGAUCACCAUAUUAAUCAUUUUGCACUGCAGACACGGUACUUUUUUUGCCUUAGUGUCUCGGUCUGAUUGCAUUUCCAUUAAGUAACAAUCAUAAAUGUCUUUCCUUGAGCCGUGAAACUCCUCUGCACUCAGUGAUCGACUCAUCGGGGCUCCCCCACAAACAAGCGGCUGCUGGAAGAGAGUGGGUGAGUUGUGUUUCGUCUCUUUGCUAAAGAAAUUAGGCAAAGCUAAAAGAUGUUUGGUGGCUAAUGCUGUGGUUAGGACCCUAUAUGUACUGUUGAUGAAGUUAGGUGCUGUUCUGAGCAUUAUUUGUGGCUAUAGAGUGGCGUUUUGGUUGAGGUUUGUGCGUGGCUCUUGAGACCGCUGUGUUUUGCUAUCAUGCGGUCAUCACUAAAGUUGGGAUAACUAAAGAAGCAAGCAUUUGGCAACAUUAAUCUCCCGAGGGGGUGUCUAACUCAGUGUUACGGUGUGUUUGACCCUAAAUUAAUUUUACGCUGGAAUAUUCCUUUAAGUCCAAAAGUUUAAAAGUAAAAAGCCAGGGGAGGAAUCCUGAGUGUAAACUUUGCAAAGGAGUGUAAACUGAGCUCUAAUGCUGUUUUGCACCCACCAGAUGUGAAUAUGGGGAAAUUUUCAGCUCUUAGUAGAUCAAGAGGACAGAAAUCAUAACAUGACAGACAUCUUAACAGGACAGUCGACUAAAUAUCUUUUGUUAUAAGAACCAAUGUUUCCAAACUGGUGCAAGAGUGGAGCUCUGUUUUUUUUUAAAGGGAGUAAAACAACAAAGAGGACAAAAUGAGUAAUAAAAAGGAUGAAAUGUUCAAUAAUGAAAGCUUUAAAGUUAAACAUACUUUGCCUAACAACUCAAACAGGAAGCAUUCAGUGUCCUUAGCUUUCAGAUUUCAGGAUUUGAACUUACAGGAAAAGCAGUUAGAUUUUGUACUGUUAGAGAGAGCUCAAUAAAUGGCUCACUGAAAGUUUUCACCAUAUGCUGGACUUAAACUGUUAUCUCUGGGACUUCCUUUUUCCAGGAGAAAAGGUGAAACAUGACCUUGUUUGGUUAUUGGCAGGCUGCCAUAGACGGAGGGGAAAAGAUAUUGACUAAAGCUGCCCAGCAGAGGCUGAACUAACACCAUCAUUAAUGUUCAAUAACAGCACAAUCUGUCUUGAUGUUUCACUCGUAUAACAGCGGCCGCAGCUCCGCCAGCAUUCAGUGAAUGUCUGAAAACUUCUGUGGUUUGAACUUGUAUCAGUGUGAGCUUAGUCUGCAGGCAGUCAGGAGGUGUCAGGAAAAAGUCCUGCAAAAGGAUGCACCUCCCUCUCACAUAUGUCGGCUUCAAAGAGAGACUGAUAAUUGGAAACAUCACUGUGAGGAGAGACGUCUGCAACAAUGCACACGGCCCCCCACCAUCCCCACAUCCUGUGAGUGAACUCACAGCCUGAGCUCAGAGUGCUGACUGCUGCAAAAAUUAUACAGUGUCUAGAUUUUCAGUGAAACAGAUCACUGUCCAGCAUCCUUUGUAAACAUAUUGUUUGACAGUAGAAAUACACGAGUUAAAUUAUUCAGAUGGAAACAAGCAGUCGUUGGAUUUCUAAAGAGCUCUAACAGGAUCAGAGUACAAGUGUAUUGGUUUAAAGAGUGACCAUGUUUACUGGCAACUUGUAUCACAAGUUUUAAUUAAACCCUUAAUAAAGCCUUUAUAAACCCUGUAUAAAAGCUAACCAUUACUAAGUCUUUUUGAACCUGAAGUACAUACUUAACUAAGCAUUCUUAAGCCCUUUUUCCACCCUCUAAUAAGCCUUAAUCACUCCAUUGACCAAACGUCUAUUACAUCAUUAUUAAAGCCUUUCUUAUAUCCAUAAUAGAGCCUUUUCAGCCUAUUACACACCCUUAAUAUUGUCUUAAUUACACGUUGAACUUAGGUUUGAUUAAACCUUCAUGGCAGCCCUUAUUAAUCCUUCAUUACAUCUUUCAUAAUGUUUUUUUUAAGCCUUUUAGAGCUAUAACGACCUGAACCAAUCAUGCACUUGACCUUUGUAACACCCUUUAAUAAAGCAUAAAUAAAGCUUUGUUGACAAUCUUAAUAAAGCCUUGAUUGAUGCUGAAUGAUGCUUUUAUUAGCCUUUAUUAUACCCUUAAUUAAGACUUUAUUAAGCCACUUUGAUGCCAUUUAAUACACUCUUAAUAGAGUCUUUCAUAAGCUUCUGUUUCACCCUUCUCUUAUAUUAUAAAUGCUAGGGUUGUUUUGUACCAGCUGUAAAACAGUGUUAAAAAUGUUGAUAUUGUUUCUUUAACCUGCAAGAGUUUCUUUGUUGAUUUUUUCUUAAAGUGAUUCUAGUGUUCUGUCAGUACCUAAUGCAGCUCAAAAGAUUCAUUUUUCUUUGUUCUUGUUGUUUUCAGAAAAGCAAAGAAAACUAAAGUUUUAUCAUAGAAUCAGUGCUGAUUCACUGAACAGCUUUGAAAAUGUUUCUGUAGUUUUAAACCACCAAAGCUCACGUCACAUCUCAUCACUUACUGUAAAUCUUCUCUUUUUCAGGACCUGACCCUGACCCCCGGCCUCAGGCGGUGCGUUCAAGUGCCUGUCAGGAGCACGUUAACCUUCACAACCGCCUGGACGUCGUGGAGAAGGUGCUGUUUUCCAAUCUAACCUGACUUUGAAGGCCUACAGUGUUUCAAAAUGAGGUCUUUGGAGGUUUUUGGCUCCUGUCUUUUUUAUUAUUCAACAUCAUCUCUCUUUCCUUUCGAAAAGGAUUCUUGGCUUCGCUUUUUCAGGGUUAAGAUGUUGUUAAAGUUUAUUUUAUGAUGUGCUCAGGGGAAAGUCUCUCUUUUAUCUGCACUCACUGACCUUUUAGAGCAGUUGUUUGUGUGACUUUAUGAUUCAUCUUUAUUUUAUUCAUGAUUCUGUUUUUCAGUCUAUGUCUUAUAAAUGUUUCAUUCACAUGUUAACCAUGCAAACAUGUCUUGCAGCAGAAGGUGGAGGACACAGUGGAGAAGUUAGAACUCGAGCUGGGUGCUCUGCUGGAGGUCAUUGAUGCUCCUGAGUGGCGCCCCAUGCUGGACAACACAGGAAAGACUGUUGUAGACAUCCUGGAGGAUCCAGCACAGAGAGGAGCCUGA